CGAGGGAGGAACUUCCUGCUUCCUCUCAGUCUGCAGCCACCCAGAGAGGCUUUUUUCUGGGCCUAAAAUCUGUGCGAUUCCAGCUGCUCCGCAUGUUUCGGGGGCUUCCCCUGUCCGUGGAAGAGGGGGCCGCGUCCGCCGCUGCCGUCAAGUUGUCCUAAGUAGACGAGAGACCCCCGCACGGCUCCCCUAUGAUCUGCUCGGUGACAGCCGGGGACAGGCUGAGCCUCGCGGCAGCUCGGAGGGACCUGGAGAAGCCCAUGUCAGAGGGGGAUACUCCACAGGUCCCCGUAACGUUCGACGACGUCGCUGCCUAUUUUUCUGAGGACGAAUGGAAAGACCUGGAAGAAUGUCAGAAGGAGCUCUACAAAGAUAUGAUGAAGGAGAAUUACGAGGCCCUCAUCUCUCUGGAGGACGGGCCGGUAAAUGAAAAGGAGAAAAAUAAACUGGACAAUGCGGAGACCCCGAUCCCCCCGAUUCUGGAGGCACCUUCUGAAUGCCCGGAUCUGGGAAAUGAAUGCUGCCGGCCGGCACAGGAGCGACCGGACGACCUUCCUCCCUUUCCAGAAAGCUUCAGCCCCGCUCCGAGCAACAACACCGCGGCCGACUCGUCGAGAGAGGAGGGGGAGAAGUGUUACCGGUGCACCGAGUGCGGGAAGAGCUUCAGGAAGCGCGACAGCCUAAAGCGCCAUCAGCAGACGCACACGGGGGAGCGACCCUACAACUGCAUCGAAUGCGGCAAAAGCUUCAUCCAGAAGCAGCAUCUGGUGACCCACCUCCGGACGCACACCGGCGAGAGACCCUACAAGUGCGAAGAGUGCGGCAAGAGCCUGAGCACCAACGAGCGGCUGAAGAUCCACCAGCGGAUUCACACGGGAGAAAGACCCUACAAGUGCGAGGACUGCGGGAAGAGCUUCAGAGCUCACCGGGUCCUCAAGGUCCAUCAGCAGACUCACACGGGGGAGAGGAUUCACAAGUGCGAGGAGUGCGGCAAGCGUUUCCGGCACAAGCAGACUCUCCUGGCCCACCAGAGAAGCCACACCAGCGAAACCACGUACCGGUGCAGCGAGUGCGGAGAGAGUUUCCGCACGUUCAAGCACCUCAAGUUCCACCAGAAGCAGCACCGCGGGGAGAAGCCCCACGAAUGCGAGGACUGCGGCAAAGGCUUCAGGAAGCGGGAGCACCUGAGGCGGCAUCAGCAGAUCCACACCGGCGAGCGUCCGUUCUCCUGCGAAGAGUGCGGCAAGGGCUUUAUCCAGAAGCAUCAUCUUGUGAGACACCAGAGGACGCACUCGGGGGAGAGGCCCUUCACCGUUGUGAUCGUGGAGGAGUUCCCGUACAACAACUCGUCCUCUGGCUCCUGCAGGGGCAGCCCGCACAUCUGCAGCGAGUGCGGAAAAAGCUUCACCACCUACGAGCAUCUGAAGAGACACAACCGCAUCCACAGCGGUGAGCGCUCUAACAAGUGCGCCGACUGCGGGAGGACCUUUAGGUCUCAGAAGCUUCUGAAGGCCCACAGACAAGCGCAGGACGAGGAGACGGGUCUGUGCCGGGACGAGGACAGCGAGAACAGCGAGAGCCAGAGGGUGGGACCAGGGGAGAAGCCCUUCGAGUGCGGGGAGUGCGGGAAGACUUUCCGCUUCCUCAAGCACCUGAAGUUCCACCUGCACACGCACACCGGCGAGAGGCCCUUCAAGUGCGAGUCGUGCCAGAAGACCUUCCGAAAACGAGACUGCUUAAAGAGACAUCAGCAGAUCCACACGGGGGAGCGGCCCUUCACCUGUGCCGACUGCGGCAAGGGCUUCAUUCAGAAGCAGCACUUGGUCAGGCAUCAGCGGACUCACACGGGCGAGCGGCCCUACAUCUGCAGCGAGUGCGGGAAGACGUUCAGCACCUGCGAGCACCUGAAGAUACACGGCCGUACCCACACGGGCGAGAAACCCUACAAGUGCAACGACUGCGGCCAGAGCUUCCGGAAGCGAGAGUACCUGAAGUGCCACCAGCAGACGCACACCGGCGAGAGGCCCUUCACCUGCUCCGAGUGCGGCAAGAGCUUCAUCCAGAAGCACCAUCUCAUCGCGCAUCUGCGGACCCACACCGGGGAGCGGCCGUACCAAUGCAACGACUGCGGCAAGACCUUCCGGCACAAGCAGAAUCUGACCACGCAUCAAAAGACCCACGGAAUAGGCUUGUGAGAGUCUCACGGGAAUAGCGGCGCUGCCAAACCCGCCCCGGAGUCUCCUGCCCCGGAGUCUCCCGCCCUGGAGUCUCCCGCCCCUGGUUCCUUCUCCUGGGACCGUCUGUACAUAUUAUUUCCUUCUGUUAAAGGAUGGCGAAGGGGCUCCGGCCCCCGACGGACAAUCAGUCAGAAGAGAGUGCGGAGGAACGCGGUGGACCCCCGUCUGUUCCUCCGUUACUGACUUGCGGUGUCAUAAUGAUGCCGGAUUGCUUUAUCUUGCGCUUUUGAUCCUUCUUAAGAGCGAUUCUGAAUUCUGGCCCAAGGUCGGCAGAACAAAAAGGUUUAAAGGGAAAAAAACGUUUAAUUUCGGAUGCGUGCCAAACAUAAAUGUCUUAACCCCCCCCGUGCGGUGGCUACUUUGGUUUUUAUGUAUUACGUGAAUCCCACUUCUGCCACCAACACCAGGUCGUAUUCCCUACCCUGAGCCCGGGUCGAGCCCGUAAAGAACCGAGCCGGCCCGGCCCCCGGUGCACUUUGUAGAGCGUCCGUCACGCUUCCCGGCGAGCUAUGCACUUACGUGUUUUUUAUAUGUUUUCAUUGUUUGUUGUGCGUUUGAGAAAAUAUUACAAUGUUUCCGAUUCUAUAAA